AUGCAACGGACAGCAUCCAAGAAUAUCCAAGCAAAUACCCAAGCACUCCCCGAGACCACCGAAGGAUCCCCCGACUCCGAGGCGGGCGCAUCGGGAGAACCGCCAAACGGUGGUACACUAACGGACAGCCCCGCCGGCGUUAGCUACGUCGAUGGUGCACAUUGGACUGCUCUAUUAGAUAGCAUCUCCGAACUCAAGGACUAUUUUCAAGAUGGUCCGGAAUCAGGACCGCAUUCCCAGAACCCCUUACAACCUAUUCCUGAUUAUGGGCCUUGUCCGCUGUUAUUAUACGGCCGGUUUACCCAAUCCAGCAAAGGAGAGAUCUUGAGCGUGCUACCAACGCGAAGUGUAGUCGAUUCAUUGGUUUCGAAAUUCUUUUCAUCUAUCGAUUUGACGCCAGCAUUAUUACACAGCGGCCAGUUUAUUCGACAGUUUUGGGAAGACCCCUCUGCAGCUUCGAUCAUGUGGAUAGGGCUCUUGUUCGCUAUCAUGUGUUUUUCGUCUAUGCUUUUACAACGCUACGGUGAUCACGAUCCGGGCACUCUACUCCCUAAUGCAGAAAAUACGCUAAUUAUACGAUCGUAUCGGGAGAAAGUUAUCCAGUGUCUGACGCUGGGCAAGUAUACCAGGGGCGGUGAGAAUGUCUUACAAACCCUAAUUCUCUAUGUUGGUAUAGAACAUUUCCUCCAGGAGGAUUCGGAUUUCGGUACUCAUCUUUUACUAAGCAUGAUCAUAAGUAUUGCUAUGAGAAUGGGAUAUCAUAGAGAUCCUAAAAACUUUCCAGUCAUAUCACCCUUCGAUGGUGAGAUGAGAAGACGGACAUGGGCGGCACUAUACCAGGCGAAUCUUAUUUUUGCCACCCAGAUGGGCCUGCCGAGUAUACUAAGAGACAAUCAGAUAGAUACAGAAGAACCACACAAUCUUGCGGACUCUGAUUUCGAUGAGGGAACAACUGAGCUUCCCCCAUCUCGACCUGAGACGGAAUUGACGCCAGUUCUAUAUGUAAUUACUAGGAGCCGGAUCUCUCGGCUUUGGGAGAAGGUUCGCGACCUAGCUACAGACACAAGACCUCAUAAAUAUGAGGAGACCCUUGCAAUGGAUCAAGGGUUACGGACUGAUCAGCUCCGCAUUCCACCACCCUUAAGAAUGCAGCCUAUACAUCUAUCCAUCACGGAUCCUCCGCACUUGAUAAUGCAAAGAAUUUGGCUUGAUAUCUGCUUUCUCCGGUUAAAAAUCGUUCUACAUAAGAAGUACUUCAUGGUACCUAUUCAAAACGAACGUUAUAGUUACUCGCGGAAAGUCUGCUUAAAAGCAGCGAUGGAAGUUCUCGAGUAUCAACAUAUAGUUUAUGAACUAAUCAAGCCAGGGAGCCUGUUAUACGAGACUCGUUGGAAACUUUCAUCGGUGAUGAAUAACGAGUUUCUCCUAGCAACGAGUAUUGUUUGUGCUUAUGUUAAACAGAUCGCCGAUACCCCCAAAAGCGCAGUAGAGGGAAUAAACGCAGAAGAGGUUAACAAGCUCCUCGUAAUAUCUGCUGGGUGCUGGAAGAGGUACAGCGUUAUAUCUAGAAAUGCUCGGAGGGCUGUCAAAGCGAUCAAUAUAGUCCUCGAAAUCUCGGGCACUCCCACAGCGAGCCCAGCUAGCGUAGAGGACGAGCUAGGUCCGAUGUUCGCUUUGCAAGAUUUUAAUUUUCCUUACACGUUGGACAAUUUCUACGGGGGAGAUGACUCGAAAUUUGUGAAUGACCCUUCGCUGGAAGCGAUUUCGUCUGCACAGCAACAUCUUAUGGACGAUGAAUGGAUUAACUUGUUCCAACGAGUAUCUACUCGCCCAACGAACUAA